AUGUCAACCUCCGUCAGCCUCACUCCGCGAUUUGAAAUCCGUCAACUCGGCCCCGAACACCAAGACUGGGCCAACGCAAUCGUCAUCCACAGCAAUAUCUUCUGCUCUCCUAUCUGGCCCAACGUGUACUCCACGGACAAUACCAGACGCCUCUACCAAGGCUUCCUAGGCAGCGAAUACCUCAUCGCGCACCAAAUCGCUUCGGGUCUAUCCUACGGCGUCUUCGACAAAGAAUACAAGUACAAACUCCCCUCCUCCGAGCAAACCGGAGGUAAACUCCACUGGAACCUAACCGAUGAGACCGCAACGAACGAACAGCUCCUCGAACAGAUGGAUUUCCCACUGGUUUCGGUAGCGAUGAGCUGCAAUGGAUCCAACCCGGUGGAUAUCAACCGGUUAGAGCAGCUGUUCGGGGCGCUGCCUCUGUUCCCCAAGCUGAUGCAACGGCUGGUUGGGGUCGAUUCUCGAGGUGAGGUGACGACGCAUGAGGGGACAUUGAUGAGGAAUGGGACUUCGACGAGGGCCGAUUACGAGGGGUACGGGCUGAUGAAGCGGACGGCGCAUUGGCUGAUGCGCGAGGCGGCAAGUAAGGGGUUUAAGGGCAUUGAGAUUCCGUGCUUCCACGAUGCGGUUAUUGGAGUUUGGUCGAAUCCACCUGCUCCCUUUCGGGGCGAGAUUGUUGCCCAGCUUAAUAUUAAAGACCAGGGGGAGGUGGAUGAGGAUGGGAAGGUCAUCAAGCCGUAUGCUCAUGUUGAUCAGCGGAUUGCUAAAAUUUACGUGACGCUUGUUUGA